AGGUGUGCGCAAGCGUAAACGGUCCGACAGCUACACUAUCAACAGAGCGAAAGUUAUCUCAACAAUGCACCUGAGAAUGAUUAAUCCACUCCCGAACUGAGACAUGGAAGAGCAAACAACUCCUGUACGACAGCAACAUAAAUUCAAUGUUGACAGACUUCAAAGAUAUCUGUCUGCCAGGUCACUGGUGUCGAAUAAUGACGCACUCACUGUCAGGCAGUACAGUUGUGGUCAGUCAAACCCGACUUUUUUAAUCCAGACACCCUUAAACAGCUAUGUGCUCAGGAAGAAACCUCCAGGUGAGCUGCUGCCAGGGGCACACAAGGUGGACAGGGAGUAUCGGGUGCAGAAGGCCCUCUUCUCUGCAGGCUUCCCUGUUCCUCAGCCUCUCUUGCACUGCUCUGAUGCUGAAGUGAUUGGAACAGAUUUCUACUUGAUGGAACAUGUGACGGGGCGAGUGUUCAGGGACUUGCGUCUCCCUGGAGUGCAUGCAGCAGAGAGAACAGCUCUCUAUGUGGCUGCUGUAGAAGUCCUGGCAAAGCUGCACUCGCUGGACCUGGCAUCACUGAACCUUGAAGGUUAUGGAAAAGGACCAGGCUACUGCAAGAGACAAGUGUCCACCUGGAUGAAGCAGUACACCGCAGCCGCCCACAGAGACAUUCCAGCCAUGAAUGAGCUUUCUGAUUGGUUGAGGAGUAACCUGCCGGCCAAUGAUAACGAUGUCACGCUUGUACAUGGAGACUUCCGAUUGGACAAUAUGAUAUUCCAUCCAACGGAGGCUCGUGUGCUGGCAGUGUUGGACUGGGAGCUGUCAACCACUGGGCAGCCCUUGGCUGAUUUAGCUUACUUCCUGAUGCCUAAAUACCUGCCUAAAGGCUUCGACAUAGUCAGCGCUAUUGGCAGUUUAACAGGAAUAGAAGGUAUCCCAUCUGUGGAUGACCUGAUCUCCAUUUACUGCCAGUGCCGGGGGAUCCCACCAGCUCUACCAGAGUUAAAUUUCUACCUGGCCCUGUCUAUGUUUAAAAUGGCAGGAAUCGCACAGGGGAUCUAUGCACGCCACCUCCUGGGUAAUGCCAGCGCUCCCAAUGCAGCCCAGUUCAGCCACUGUGUGGAGCCAAUGGCUAAGUUUGCCCUGCAGCUCACUCAGAGGUCCGCCCCAGGUCCAACAGGAGACGCUCUGUUCCUGCAGACAUCUGAAGGCCAGGCUGUUCUGCAGCAGGUCAAAGACUUCAUGAGACAAUACGUGCUUCCUGCUCAGCAGGAAGUUGCAGAGUACUAUGUCAAACACACUCAAUCUCCUCAAAGGUGGCACACCCCUCAAAUAAUAGAAGAUCUAAAGGUGAGAGCCAGGGAGGAGGGGCUCUGGAACCUCUUCCUGCCUGCAGUGAGUGGUCUCAGUCAGCUGGACUACGCAUACAUCGCUGAGGAGACUGGACGCUGCCUCUUUGCACCGGAAGUCUUCAACUGCCAGGCUCCUGACACAGGAAAUAUGGAAGUUCUGCACAUGUUUGGCAGUGAGGAGCAGAAGAAGAAAUGGCUGGAGCCCCUUCUCAGAGGAGAGAUCCGCUCCUGCUUCUGCAUGACAGAGCCGGAUGUGGCCUCCAGUGAUGCAACCAACAUGGAGUGCACUCUUCUCAAGGUUGAGGACUGCUGUGUCAUCAAUGGCAAGAAGUGGUGGACUAGUGGUGCUGGAAAUCCCAAAUGCAAAGUUGCCAUAGUGAUGUGCAGGAGCGGCUCUCCAGAUGUAAGGAGCAGGCACGGCCAACACAGUAUGAUCCUCGUCCCCAUGGAGACAGCAGGUGUGAAGCUCGUCAGGCCGCUCACUGUGUUUGGACAGGAUGAUGCCAUCCACGGUGGACACUUUGAGGUGCACUUUGAAAACGUACGUGUCCCCUCUGCCAACAUUAUCCUAGGAGAGGGCCGGGGGUUUGAGAUCGCCCAGGGUCGUCUUGGACCGGGUCGCCUGCACCACUGCAUGAGAGCUGUUGGUGCAGCAGAACUCGCGCUAGAGUUGCUCUGCCAGAGGGCUGCAUCCAGGAGCACAUUCGGAAAGAAGCUGUACCAACAUGAAGUAGUCGCUCACUGGAUCGCAGAGUGUCGUCUCAUGAUAGAACAGACCCGGUUGCUGACUCUACAGGCUGCUCGUGCUCUGGAUACAGUUGGCAGCCGUGCUGCUCGCAAACAGAUUGCCAUGAUCAAGGUGGCAGCAGCCAGGAUGGCCUGUAAGGUGGUGGACAUUGCUAUACAAGUAUAUGGAGGUGCAGGUGUGUCAGGAGAUGUCCCACUUGCCCAGUUGUACUCUUAUGUGAGGACUCUACGGAUUGCUGAUGGACCGGAUGAAGUGCAUCUUUCUUCAAUUGCUGGUUUAGAACUGAGGGACCAGCUGAAAAAAGCACAGGCCAAACUGUAGUGAUGUAAAACAAGUCGCCACGAAAUUUGCCUUAAGAAAAUCUCUUGCAGUUGUCGUGCCUUAUCUACUACAAAAUCAUGUUUCCUUAAAAUCUUGCAUAUCUAACUGCCAAAAUCCCCACAGUGUAAAUGAUUGAACAUACUUGUAAAUAUUGUAAUGCAGCUCACUUUGUAUAAAAGAUUCCAUUAAAAGGUUGUGAUUUUUCAUCA